AUGGCCACAAAGUACCCACAACAUGUUGCGAAGUUGUUCAAACCAGGCCCACCAAUUGAAUACAAAAGACCAGUUGACUAUCCCAUAGAAUGCCGUAAAACCAUCACGAAUAUCAGCGGAGUAUCGCGGUAUUUGGAAGAAUUCAAGAACUACCAGCAGGAGUUUCCCCAGGGCCUAGAAAAUGGGCAUUUACGGGCUUACGAUGAAGCAGACCAAGAGCGGCAAGCGGAAAACAAGAAACUGCGAGCAAAACUGGACGAGUGGAAACCACAGGAAGACGCCAAUAUGACUGAAACGGAUCCAUAUAAGACAAUUUUCGUGGGAAGACUGCCGUACAGCGUAACGGAAGUGGAGCUGCAGAAACUAUUUGUCCGUUUUGGCGAAAUUGACCGAGUACGUGUGGUCAGAAACAGAAUCAACAACAAGAGCCGUGGCUACGGGUUUGUGGCGUUUAAAAAUGAACACUCCGCAAGGACCGCAUGUAGAGAAAUCGGGGUUCACCGCGGCGAAGAAGUCGAGGGACGCUCCAUUAUUGUGGAUAUCGAGCGUGGAAGAACAGUAAGGUAUUUCACACCGCGGAGAUUAGGCGGUGGGCUUGGAGGCCGGGGCUACAUGAAGCGCGACCGAAUGGCAAGACUGGCGCUGGCCACAACCACAACCGCGUCCAUGACAAACAGUAGCAAUGGUUCACGAGAGCCUCGUGAAGAGGUGACUCUGCGCGCUAGCGGUUUCCCCCGGAUCACUAAUCCUGCUCCUCAUCGCAGCCGGUUUUCGGGCCAUACUGGUACCACUGGCACCACCGGCACCAAUGCCAACACUAACUACUCACCACCACAACCACCACAUCGUGAAAUGGGGCCUCCUGCGACCGGUUACCGCUCCAGAAGCUCUAGAACCGGUUCUAGGUUUGAACGUUAG